UGAGUGACAGCAGAGCUGCAGUGGAGACGAGUCUCUCUGUUUCUCUGGAAAGAAACGUUCAACUGAAUCCAGCAGGUUUUUCUCAACAACAAACACUGGGCUCUCAUUUUAGUGUAGAGCGUCAGACUGAAUUUACCAACGCACCAUGUCAGGUCACUCACUCUCCGGGACCGCCAGUGUUACUUGAAUAAGUAAACACUGACCAACGGGACCAGACUGGCCGACCCGUAUGCUCUCACUCAGUGGAUGGAUGAUGUCACAGGAAGCCAAUCUUACAAAGGAGGACCACACUUGUUUGUUUUGCUAUGGAAGCUAACGUUAGCUAAUGUGCUAAAAAGUUAGCGUUGCAGAGAAAUCCAAUCUUCCUCUUAAUCCCUCCCCAGUUUCUGAUGAGGUGGACAUGAUAACCCUUAAUACACAUAACCUUAUUCAUCCCUACAACAGGAAAUACUUUUUCCCUAACCUGAUAUGAAGUGUGCGCUGCACAUGUGAGCAUUUUUGAUGAUGGCCUCCGUCCAGUCCUUUGGUCUUAUCACAUUUAACCAUAGUUGUCUUUGUUUUUGUUGACGGGCAGUGGCGGCUGGUUUUGAGCCAUGACUCCUUCUAUUCUGGCUCCCAAUAACACAACAAGACAAACACAUUUUAACAUUCCUAUGGAGCCUACAGCCCUGUGGGAGAGAGGCAGCUGCACCUCCAGCUGAUAAAAUGAUGUCAUUGUGAUGUCGGCUCUAAAAGGCUCUACAACAGAAUUCAGGAUGACUCUCCUUAUAUUCCACUAAGCAUAGUUUGGUUUUAUUCAACAAAUAAUCAAAAGCUAUGUAAUCACAGUUUUGAUGUUUCUCACUUUGUAUCCUCAGAGUGUCGAUAUGGCUGCUGCCAGCUGUCUGCUGACUGAAGAUCAGUUUCUGUGCUCCAUCUGUCUGGAUGUGUUCACUGAUCCAGUCACCACACCAUGUGGACACAACUUCUGUAAAACCUGCAUCACUGAACACUGGAAUACUAAUGUCCCCUAUCAGUGUCCAAACUGUAAGAAGGUUUUCAACACCAGACCUGAGCUGCAGGUCAACACUUUCAUCUCUGAGAUGGCUGCUCAGUUCAGACAGUCAGCUCAACAGAAAGCCAGCAGCAGCAGCAGCAGCUCAGAGCAACAAGUUUCCAAACCAGGAGAAGUUCCCUGUGACGUCUGCACUGGAACCAAACUGAAGGCCCUGAAGUCCUGCCUGGUGUGUCUGGAAUCCUACUGUGAGACUCACCUGGAGCCUCAUCUGACAAGAUCAGGCCUGAAAAGACAUCAGCUGAUCGACCCUGUGGAGAACCUGGAAGGCAGGAUGUGUCUGCAGCACGAUAAACUGUUGGAGCUGUUCUGUAAGACCGACCAGAUGUGUGUCUGCAUGCUCUGCACUGUUUUAGACCACAAGACACAUGAUGUUGUUCCUCUGAGAGAAGAAUAUGAAGGGAAGAAGGCCGAGCUGGGGAAGACAGAGGCUGAAAUUCAGCAGAUGAUCCAGAAGAGGCAACUGAAGAUUGAGGAGAUCAAACACUCAGUGCAGCUCAGUAAGGAAGAUGCAGACAGAGAGAUAGCAGAUGGUGUUCAGGUCUUCACCGCUCUGAAGGAGUCUGUUGAGAGAAGCCAGGCUGAGCUCAUCGACACGAUCAAAGAGAAGCAGAGAAAGACAGAGAAACAGGCUGAAGGCUUCAUCAAAGAGCUGGAACAGGAAAUCUCUGAGCUGAAGAAGAGGAGCACUGAGGUGGAGCAGCUCUCACGCUCUGAAGACCACCUCCACCUCCUCCAAAGCUUCAUGUCCCUGAACACUGCUCCACCCACCAAGGACUGGACAGAGGUCAGCGUCCGUCCACCUUCAUAUGAGGGGACUGUGAGGAGAGCUGUGAGUCAGCUGGAGGAGACGCUCAGUAAACAGAUGAAGAAGCUGUUUGAGGUCGAGCUGAAGAGGGUCCAGCAGUCUGCAGUGGAUGUGACACUCGAUCCUGAUACAGCAAAUCCCUGGCUCAUCCUGUCUGAUGAUGGAAAACAAGUUCAAACUGGUGAUGUAGAGAAGAACCUCCCAAACAAUCCAGAGAGAUUUGAUACUUGUGUUUAUGUCUUAGCAAAGCAGAGUUUCUCUUCAGGAAGAUUUUAUUAUGAGGUUCAGGUUAAAGGGAAGACUAAGUGGGAUUUAGGAGUGGCCAGAGAGUCGAUCAACAGGAAGGGACAGAUCACACUGAGCCCUCAGGAUGGUUACUGGACGAUAUGGUUGAGGAAUGAAAAUGAGUACAAAGCUCUUGCUGGCCCUUCAGUCAGUCUCUCUCUGAAGUCUCGGCCUGAGAAGGUGGGGGUGUUUGUGGAUUAUGAGGAGGGUCUGGUCUCCUUUUAUGAUGUUGAUGCUGCAGCUCUUAUCUACUCCUUUACUGGCUGCUCCUUCACUGAGAAACUCUACCCAUACUUCAGUCCCUGUGUUAAUGAUGGUGGUAAAAACUCUGCCCCUCUGAUCAUCUCUCCUGUCAAUCAAGCACGUAGGAGCAGUUUGAUCAGAGGAAUUGUAUUUUAACUCAAACUAAUAGCGUCAGUCACACAAAGUAGAACAACCAUCUGAUUUUCUACAGAAAGAUUCACUCUCAUUUAAUGUAAUAAAUGUAUAUUAUUGGUGAUGUACUGUGAAUACAUUGUUGAUUCUUUAGAUUCUGAUCAAUGUGGUUUUUCCUCUUUUUUUCUGUAAAUGUUUUUAUUUGAUGUGUCACGUUGCUACUUACUACUACAACACACAAAUUUUUUGACACCACUUGAUGUUAUGUAAUGUGUUUUUUUUUUGUUUUUUUUUUUUGUACUUCAUGUACUUUCAUUGUUAUUGGACACUGUUGUUAAACACUUUGGGUACCUUUGGGUUUUGUAAAGGGCUAUAGAAAUAAAUGUUGAUUGAUUGAUUAAUCUUGUUUAUUCCAAUGACUGCAUUAACUGCCUUAAAGACCUUUGAAUCAUCAAAAACAAAUGUACUCAAUCUAUAUACUGAUAAUGUGAAAAAUGAUGGUAAGUGUACAGGACUGCUUCUAAAACAUUCAAAGGUCUAAUGAAAUAAUUAGGCAUGUACCCGAUUAUGUCAGUUGGAUCAGAUCCAGCCGUUUAAUACGAAUAUUCAACCAUUCUUUUUGUGUUUGUUUUCAUAUACAGCUCUAACGUUUGAACAGGGCUCAGCAGGACGUUCAGUGUGACAGUGGAAAUCAUGCAAUAUAGUUAACAAGCUAACGACAGAUCAGAAAUGUGCAACAGUUUCUGCAGACACCACAUAUCAAAACAAAAGCCAGAGACUGUGUCGUAUUAAGUAUCUGUGACCUGUAAAUUCACCACUUCCAAGCAGAAAAAAAA